UUAUAAUUCUCAGAAUCCAUUUAAUAUUUUUUUUCCCCUUUUAUUUCUCCUUUGCCUUGCCUUGUAUCUAAAUAUAUUUGUGUUUCUAACAUUAUAAAAUUCCACAAAACAAUGGAAGCUAAUAGUAACUCUUUUCAUGUAGAUUCUGUUUUUCAUGUGCCCAUUAAGAUGUCUGGUUUGCUGGAGGAACCAAACAAUAUAACAAGUAGUAGUACACUACCAAAUUGUGUUUCUCAAUUUUAUUUGCAAGAGCUUUCUGUCAAUAUGAGUAAUAAUGUUCAUGAAAUUAGCCAUAAUGAACCUUCUCAUGUGACAAACAAAACCAAUUCUUCCUCCCUCUGCUCUACUCAAUCCAAGAAUGUAAGAGAUGGUGAUGAUGGGAAAGGGCAAAAGAAAAGAAAUGGUAAUGUAAAAAGAGAGAAAAAAACAAAGGAAAAUAAGAAGAAAGCCCCUGAAGAGGCCCCUACAGGAUAUGUUCAUGUUAGAGCAAGGAGGGGCCAGGCAACUGACAGUCACAGUCUUGCUGAAAGGGUGAGGAGAGAGAAAAUAAGUGAAAGGAUGAAGAUAUUGCAAGCACUUGUUCCAGGUUGUGACAAGGUAACUGGGAAGGCCCUUAUGUUGGAUGAGAUAAUCAACUAUGUCCAGUCCUUGCAAAACCAAGUUGAGUUUUUAUCCAUGAAGCUUGCUUCUUUGAACCCCAUGUACUAUGACUUUGGCAUGGACUUAGAUACUCUCAUGGUCAAACCUGAUCAGAGUUGGAGUGGCUUGGAAGGACCAUUAUUAGAGAACACAACUAGUAACUAUCCUCACUUGGAUAGUUCAACAUCACUUAUGUUUCAACAAUUGCAUCUACCAAAUUCCGUUUCUCAGGGUAGUGGACAUGUAUUAUGGAGUGGAGAUGACCAAAGACAAAAGAUGAUUAUUAAUCAUUCAGAAUUGAUUAGUAAUAACAACAACUUGUGUGUCCCUUUCCAUUAAUAUGAAACCUGUCCUACACAACACCUGUAAUUUAGUUGUUUGUCCAAAAUCAUUGAUGUGAGAGAUCUAUGGAUGGGAUGGAUAUGAUAAUUCAAGAGAAGUGAAAUAUAGGAGAUCUUUCAUGUGGACAUACUUUUGUUUUUGUCCAAUUAUCUGGCUUCCCAGAUUUGCAACUUCUGGUGCAUUGUCUCUAUGUAAUAAAUUAGGAACUUGAGUAAUUGUAGACAGAAUUUAAGUGUAUUGUUUCAUAAUGCCAGUAAAUAAAUAGUAGUAUUUUUUUUA